AUUGUGGCAACAUUUUUAGUGAUGGCCGAUGUUUCAACUUGAACGGGAUGCUAACGACCGUUGCCGAAUUUUAGUGUUGAAAUUAAUCAAGUUUCUCAUAAUUCGGUGUUUCUGAGUGAAUAUUAUAUAUUCUAUAAACAUUUUGUGUGGUAUUGUGUGUUUAUUAGUGACUAAAUUGUAAGUGUUGUUCAGUAUUGAAUGUUUGUUGUGCCCUCGCAGUAACAGGAUCACUGGAUAAUAAAAUAUUGGAUUACGGUUUGCUGUUUAUUUAAUUGUUGUGGACUAAAGAGCUUGUGCAUAUAAGUGAAGUGCAUCGAUGAGACUUCACUAGGUCUUUGAAGAAAGAAAGCGUGGCCACGCUGCCCGGUUUACUUACAUAGGGGCGGUGUGUGAGUGUCGCACCGCCAUGUCCCACCACAGCGACGAGCAAGCGCUCCUCACGGUCGCCUCCGAUUCUUUCUGGGAGCCUGGUAACUAUAAGCGGACUACAAGACGAGUGGACGAUGGACACAGACUUUGCGGAGAGUUACAAGCUCUCGUACAAGAGAGAGCAGACAUUGAGAAGACAUACGCCAAAAGCUUGAGAGGUUGGGCGAAGAAAUGGAAUGACCUGAUUGAGAAAGGCCCAGAAUACGGCACGAUGGAAGCCGCGUGGAAAGGCGGUAUGGUGGAGGCCGAGCGCCUAUCAGACCUGCACCUGAGCGUCCGCGACCGGCUCGUCAAUGACGUCAUGGCUCAAAUCAAGAACUGGCAGAAAGAUACCUAUCAUAAGUCAAUGAUCCAGCUAAAAGAACGCAAAGAAAUGGACGAAGCAUUCAAAAAGGCGCAGAAACCCUGGGCGAAGCUCCUGCAGAAGGUGGAACGCACGCGACUGGAGUACCACACGGCUUGCAAGCAGGAGAGGACGGCGCAGAACCAGGAACGGAAUGCCAGUGGAGACAGCUCACUUAGUCCGGAUCAGGGAGAGAACUCCAAAAGAGGACACGAGGUAAAGAAAAUGGCGGAACGCGUAGCCAAAUGCCGCGAAGAGGUAUCCAAAAGCAGAGAAAAGUACCAAUCAGCGUUAGCAGAGAUCACCGCGUACAAUCCUCGAUACAUUGAAGACAUGACCGGCGUGUUCGAGCGGUGCCAGCAGAUGGAGGCUCAGAGGCUCAAGUUCUUCAAGGAUGUACUGUUCAGCUUCCAUAAGUGCCUAAAUAUUAGUGAAGAACCUUCAUUACCCCAAAUAUACGCAGAAUUCCACCACACAAUAAACAACGCAGACAGCCAAAAGGACCUGAAAUGGUGGGCGAACAACCACGGCGUCAAUAUGGCGAUGGCCUGGCCACAGUUCGAGGAGUACACGGAGGAGUUCCGAGACAUCGCCAAGGGCAAGUCCAAGGAGAGCCUGCCCACUGGGCCCAUCACGCUGCUGAACCAGCGGCCCGUCAGCGAGGAUGAGCUGCCCCCAAUAACCGCGAACAACAAAUCAAGCAAGGCUGCCAACCAUACGGACGCCGCCCCUCCCCCCACCGCCGUGGCAAACAAUACCGCCCCCGCUAACAACACUAUUGACAAGAAGACCAUCAGCGCACCCAUAGCUGUUACCAACGGCACAGCAUCAGCCCCCAAAUCCAACAAGACCUCCCCAGCUAAGGACAGCAGCAGCAAGGGACAAGAGAAUCCAUUCGACGAGGACGAGUGGGACGAGGAGUCAGCCGGUGCUCUCACCGACACCGGCGAGCCCGGCGUGCCCGUGCGGGCGCUGUACGACUAUACCGGCGCAGAGAGCGAUGAGCUCAGCUUCCGACAAGGUGAUCUAUUCGAAAAAUUAGAAGACGAAGACGAACAGGGCUGGUGUAAGGGACGGAAGGACGGCAGAGUGGGUCUCUACCCGGCCAACUAUGUCGAGCCAGUGGGUCACUAGCCCGGGCCCAGCCCUCACCACGGACCCUAGACUGCGACCCGUGGGCCCCCGCCUAGGGGUGAACGAACAAACUAACUCGUGGAAAACUUAAAACUUCCAAAAAAAUGCACUUUAUGCUUCUAUCGAGCAAUUUGGCCUUAAAUAUUAAUAAUAAUAGUAUUGACUGAGGUAUUUAGCUGGCAUAUCCCUACGUACCGUGUAUGUAUCGCUCAUGCUUCUUCUGUUCAUUCAACGCAUUGGCAGCUUAGAGCACUAAGUUGUGCCAAUGUUGUGGAACCUCAAGUAUUACCUGUAUUAUAGCAUUUUAAUAUCAAACCAUAUUUAUGUACCUGUAUUAAAAUAAACAGUAUACUUUUUCAAAAUAUAAUCUACCCUCAGCUUAGCAGUAUUAAAGUAUAUAAUUCAAAAUGAGCGUGACAUUAAUGUUGUAUGUAAUAUCGAUAAAGUUAGUGAUGUUCAUUCAUUUCUGAGGCGACAACAAAUCAAUCGUUACGAGAACAUGAUGUGAACGCGUGACAGGUUAUAAAAGAUAACGUUUUAUAUUCGAGUGUCACGAUGUAGUCAUUAUAAUAGUAACAGGAGUUAAGUACAUUCAGGUUUAACGUAUGUGUUUACUUCUAUAACGAAUAGCUAUAGAUAUGUUAGUUUCACACCGUCACUGAGCACCGCUCAGCUUUACAACGUCUUAUGAUAUCAUUUCACUCGACAUCGAAACCCAUACCUAUGCGGAUCGAGCUGUUUUUGAUAUACAUUUAACAAGACGAAUUUUUGGACCCAAAUUUUUGUAUAUUUCUAUGAAAAGAAAAAUUCAAAUCAAACAUUUUAAGGUUUUUUUUUUUGUUUAAAGUGUAAGCGAUGGUGUUUGGAUAUUUUUGGACGGAACUCUUUGUAGGUACAAUAUGGAAACCAAAAAUUGUUUACUUGUAACUUGUAGUGACUGCCCAUCCACUGUCGGCGAGCGAUCGCUUAUAGAGUAGAGUGUACAGCCGAGCAGACCCGGCCAGCCCGGGCGGAGGUGUAUCGACUAAUUAAUUAGUGGUAAAUUGACUGGCUAGUCGACUACUAUUGUACUAUUGCAAUAAGUCUGCUAAAGCCAUCGGUUGUAUAUAAAGUGUAUAGAAGCAAUGUAUUGACCUAGGUAACAUCGAACACUUCGAUAAACAACAAAUCGAAUAAUAUCGAUAAGUUGAAACUAGCCGGUACAUCUCUUAUAUCGAUGAGGAAUUUAGCUAAGCCAAAAAGUGUACGCCAAUAUAAAUAAUUAGGUAACAAAUGAUACCUUAGGCGGCAAUGGGAUUUAUAUUUUUGUGAUAUAAUGGUACUCGACAGUGGUCGCCACUGCACCUAGUUGUGUUUAUGUACAUACACGAUUAUUGUAUAUCUCGUCGUGCUUAUAGAAUAUUUAUUUCCCAUUGUAUAUAAUGUAAAAUGCAUUAAUAAAUGUAUGUAAGUUGUCGGGGCGGCUGCGGGCGGCGACUGACACCGAAGGCCUAACGUAGCACCCGACCGGGACUCCCGCCCGCCCCGGCGUUAGGUUAAAUAAACAAUAACGAUUAUUAAUAUAUUACGAGAAAUGUUUAAUCUUUUCUUUUUCCCUUUUAUACCUCGUUUUAAUAUUGUUGUAUUGUGUAAUGAUAGCGACAGUCAUAGCGGGCGGACGUGUAGUCUGUAGCUGUUUUGUUUUCAUUGUUAUAGGUUCUGCGACCAUUGUGAGAAAUUCUUUGUAUUAUAUAAUUAUCAAAGAGGGUGGUUUUGGACCACAUAUGUUAAUAUAUUAUGAAUAUUGGUAAAAUAAAAUUGUUACAUAUGGUA